UUUUUUUUUUACAACUCAACAUGCUAUCCGAUCAAGAUCAAACUUUUAUCAAGCAAAAACAAGCAUUAAGCCAAGGCAUUGCAGUCGCUAGCCAAUUGGUAGUUGAACGAGCACAAGGAUGUACAAUUACUAUGACCAAUAAAGAGGUGUAUCUCGACAUGACUUCUGGAAUAGGGGUACUAAAUACCGGACAUUGUCAUCCAAAAGUGGUGGAAGCGGUUGAAAAGCAAGCAAGGACCAUGGCACAUGCUCAAAUCAACAUGUUUUAUCAUACUCCUCUCUUGACCUUGAUGGAUCGAUUACGUCGUUAUACUGCUCCUUUGGAUACUUUUUGUUUCAAUAAUUCUGGUUCGGAAGCGGUGGAAUCUGCCAUCAAACUAGCUCGUCAUGCUACCAAGAAACAAAACGUGAUUGUUUUCAAUGGAGGUCAUCAUGGAAGAACGUUUGGUGCUAUGGCUUUAACAGGAUCAAAAACAGUGUUUAGUGCUGGAUUUGGUCCUUUGAUGUCCGGUAUCUAUUAUGUUGAUUAUCCUUAUUCUUUUCGUUGUUCUGCAGCUAUGUUUGAAGGUCAUACUUCUGAUCAUUGUGUACAAGAAACCAUCCGACAACUCUCCACCUUGUUGAAACAACGUUGUCAUCCUAAUGAUACGGCAGCUAUUUUAGUGGAACCUGUUCUUGGUGAAGGUGGUUAUGUCCCUGCUCCGAAAGGAUUCUUCCAAGCAUUGCGUUCCUUUUGUGAUCAACAUGAUAUUUUAUUGAUUGCUGAUGAAGUUCAAUCUGGAUUUGGUCGUACUGGUAAAAUGUUUGCUAUAGAACAUUUUGAUGUUUGUCCUGACAUUCUGGUGAUGGCAAAAGGGAUUGCUUCUGGUUAUCCUUUAUCUGCUAUUGUGUCUCGCAAGUCAUUGAUGGACAAGCUACCUAGUAAUUCGAUGGGAGGAACCUAUGUGGGAAAUUGUGUCUCUUGCGCUGCAGCCUUGGCUACAUUAGACGUGUUUGAAAAAGAACAGAUUUUACAUAAUGUUCAACAACGAUCUAUGCAAGCUUUUGAUUAUCUUCACAAACAAUUGGAUGCAUUGGAUUUACCUGAUGCGCUUUUACCCUUGGAUAUCCGUGGUCUUGGCUUGAUGAUUGGUAUUGAAUUCGGUGGGCAAAGGGUACCUACAGGAUUCGCAACAAAGGUUGUCCAGCAUUGCCGUGAACAUGAACAUCUCUUACUCUUGACUGCUUCUAUUUAUGAAACCAUCCGCAUCAUCCCUCCUCUUGUCGUGGAUGCUGAUACCUUGGAAGACGCCCUUCAACGUUUGGUCAGAAGUAUUCAAUAUGUAGCCACUGAUAUGAAGAACCAAGGCCUUUUUUAGUGAAAAAAAAAAAGUAGUAUCCCUUAUUUUAGUAUCUAUUGAAAAUAAAGUUUUUAUUUGAGAAAUC